AUGGGUUCGAGCAGCAGCCGUGGUUCAUGCCCACGCCCUCGUCCUCGGCCUCAAGGUACCAUCAGACGCACCCUGUCCGCUCUAUUGAUCUGCGGUGCCUCUACCUCUCACACGCCCACCGAGAUGGAAGAUGAUCCAACUGAAUUACUGGUGAAUUCUGCGGAACAUGGCAAUCUAAUUGUUAACAAGUUCAAAAGCUCUACAAAAGAAUCUGGGGCUGGAUUUGGGUUUACCUGCCCUAAAAUUGAGACUGGAACCUCAUCUGACUGCAGUAUGGAAGCCAGUGAGGAUCCUUCUUUUCAAGGUGGCGCAGGCAUUGUUGGGAAAAGUAACCAAGGGAAAUAUCUAUCUGAGAGUAAGGAAUUAUUUCCUCCUCAUCAAUUAAGUGCUGAUUAUAAUGGCAAUACUGCUAGUACUUCGAAUGAGCAUAGACCAUCCACAGAACCUGUUGUUGUAAAUGGUAGAGCCAACAUAGAUGUUCUCAAUGGCAUUAAUAAUACAGUGAAUGGGGAUGUGCCUCAGAUUUGUGUGGGGGUUCCUUGUCCCAGCAAUCCAUCUUCUCCUGGCUGGGAUGAUUCGGCUUCAGAUGGAGCGUCAGUUGAAAAUCAUGUGAAUGAAAUGUUGGCCUACCCUAGUUCUGGUCCUGUUUCUGCUUCUAUGGUCUCUAAUUCACCAGUGACUUUUCACUCACCAUUGCCAAGAGAUGAUACCCUUCAAGAGACAAUACCUUCAGAUCUAGGAUUUCUUGUGUCAGAAAGGGACCGAGGCCUGAGCGAUGACAGUGUACUUCAUGUUGAUGUGGUGAGUGUCUCUUCCAACAUUUUAUCUAGUAGUUCUGCUGAAAUAAGUAAUCGUGAAGCGAGACGGAAUAGUAGAAGACUAUUUUGGGAUGCUUUUUCAAGACGCAGUUCUAGAAGACAUAGAGAUUCCAGAACAUUUGUUUUCUCAACUGAUGAUUCUGAUGAUCUAGGAUUUCAUGACAGAUGGCUUCUUGAUUUUAGUGGUGAUUUCUUUGAUGAUGGGGUUCGAGGUGAUUCUGUGUACUUUGGAAGUAGAACUCAUAGCAUUAAUGAACACCGAUGGCACUCGAGAUCUGAGCUCUGGGAAAGACUUCAUGGGGGCCUUGAUGGAAGCAACCAUCGAACUGCUAUGUGUCCAACAGGAAUUCAUCCUGAUGGCACAUGCUUCUGUGAGUCAAAUGCUACGGCUGAUGAGUCUGGCACUCGUGCAAGUAUUUCCCGAGUAGUCAUGCUUGCCGAGGCAUUAUUUGAGGUAUUGGAUGAAAUUCAUCGUCAACCAAUGUCACUUUCCUUAUCCAUGGUCUCACUCCCUGCUUCAGAGUCAGUUGUUGACUCUUUUCCUGUUAAGAAUCACAGAAAGGCUGAGACACCUGAGAUGGCGGAUGACGUAGCACAGUGUUACAUUUGUCUUGCCGAGUAUGAAGAAGGAGAUAAGAUAAGAGUUCUUCCCUGCCACCAUGAGUAUCACAAGUCGUGUGUUGAUAAAUGGCUCAAAGAGAUACAUGGGGUUUGCCCACUCUGCCGGGGAGAUGUUCGCGAGGGUUUACCCGAGGAUUCUGUAUGGAACUCAGAAAUCCCUCUUCUUUAA